AUGAACAACGAUACGCCAUUGUUUGGUUCGCCUAAUAAUUUGCAUCCCAGCCUGCUCAACAACCAUGACCAAACCCAUUAUACUAAUGAAAUUGGACUUAAUUGUUAUCUAUUAAAUGCUCGCUCAAUCUGUAAUAAGUUGGACGAGUUUCAAGCUUUGGUCUUUGGCGAAAAUCUUGAUGUUGUGGCUGUUACGGAAACCUGGUUAAAGCCCGAUAUAUACGAUGGUGAGAUUUUACCUGGAAAUCAAUACACAAUUUACCGACGUGAUCGUGCUGAUGGACGGCGAGGGGGAGGUAUUCUCUUGGCCGUCAAAUCGAAUAUUCUCAGCUUUAGGCGACAUGAAAUUGAGCCUAUGGGCGCUGAAAUUCUGGUUUGUGAACUGCUUCCUUCAAAUUCAAGAAAACUGACCAUAUGUGUAUGUUACAGACCACCCGACUUUUCCAACUUCAAUACGAGCUUUGAUUCAUUAUUGGUUAACUUACAUAAAGAUGGAAGUGAUAGAUCGCGUUUGUAUUUGCUCGGAGACUUUAACUAUCCCAACAUAAAUUGGCAGACUAAUACAACUAUUGAGGAUUCUUGAAUAGCGACUGAUUUUUGCCAACUGAUUGAUUCGUAUUUUCUCUCUCAAUUGGUUGACGAACCUACUAGAUAUAACAAUAAUCGUACUUCAAUUUUAGAUUUGUUAUUGUGCAAUCACCCUGAUGAUGUUUCCGAUCUAAGUAUUACACAAGAUAUUUUUGAUUCUGAUCAUUUUGGCAUCAGUUUUCGUAUCUUGACUAAAGUAAGUCGCCUCAGUCAAAUUAAGCGUGUCAUCUAUAACUUUAAAAAUGCUAAUUUUGACGGAUUGAGGGAGGCGCUUUGUGAUAUAUCUUGGGACGAUUGCUUCCUUGACAGCGAUAACAUCAACAAUAGUUUGGAGAAAUGGAUGAAAUUAUUUUAUUCGAUUGUUGACCAAUUUGUACAGAAGAAAUGCGUUAGUAACAUUAAUCGAUCUCCGUGGGUUGAUAGAGAAAUUGUUUUGUUGCUGAAGAAAAAGAACACCCUGAGGCGUAAGGCUAAAUCUCGUGAUACUGUUUAUUUGUGGGCUAAAUUUCGUCGUUUACGGGCAGAGAUUAAGAAGCUUAUUAAGCACAAGAAAAAAGCGUACAUUAGUAAUCUUGGUCAGGACUUGAAAUCUAAUCCUAAACGUUUUUGGUCCUAUUAUAAGGCUUUAAAUAAGACAAACAGAAUUUCUAAUACUAUAUCGUAUGGAAAUAUAACUGCUACUGAUUCUAUUUCUAAGGCCAACAUAUUUAAUACCUUUUUUCAUUCUACUUUUAAUGCCUGUGAUAAUAGUAUUUAUAUCACCGUUUCACACCCGUUGAACGACAGCAUGAGUGUACCUUGUCUUUCCAAUAUAACGCUAGAUAGUGAAGAUGUUCUUAAGGCGCUUCACUCUUUAGAUAUCCACAAAGCUAGCUGUGGGAUUCCUUCUAAGCUUUUAAAGGAAUGUAGUAAUGCCAUUGCCACUCCACUUACCAGAUUAUUUAAUGAAUCUCUUAGCACUGGUGAAUUUCCAUCUCAGUGGAAAGAUGCAAAUUUAGUACCUAUUCAUAAAACUGGCAGAAAGUCUCAAGCAACUAAUUACAGGGGUAUUUCUUUGUUGGAGCAGUUGUCCAAAAUUUUCGAGAAAGGUGUUUAUAAUGUAGUUUUUGAGUUCUUUUCAAAUAAAAUAACAACUUCACAACAUGGUUUCUAUCCUAGACGUUCUUGUGCUACGCAGCUUACGCAGGUUGUUCAUUUACUUGCUCAAUCUAUGGAUAAUAAACAACAAGUUGAUUUAGUGUAUCUUGAUUUUGCAAAGGCUUUCGAUCGUGUGCCUCAUUCUAAAUUAAUUUGUAAGCUCCAUCUCUUGGGUAUCCGCGAUCCUUUGCUCUCUUGGUUUCGCUCCUAUCUUUAUAAGAGACGGCAUCGUGUUGUAAUUGGUGGAUUUGCUUCUGAAUGGCUUCCGGUAACAUCUGGUGUACCUCAAGGUUCGGUCCUUGGACCGCUCCUGUUUUUGUUGUAUAUCAACGACAUGCCGGAAGUUAUAUCUCAAGGAUCCUAUUUACCCUUAUUUGCUGAUGACUCGAAAUGCUUUCGAGUUAUCUUCAAUGCCAGCGAUCAGGAUAGAUUACAGGAGGAUCUUAAUGCUCUGUAUGAUUGGUCAAUUAAGUGGGGCAUGGAGUUUAAUGUUGAAAAAUGUAAGGUGUUGAGGGUUGUUAGAACACGUACAAUAUAUGAUAGGCAGUAUGCUUUAGGCUCCUCGCAUUUGUCGGUUGUUCAAAGCGAAAAAGAUUUAGGUGUGUGGAUUUCUGAUACUUUGAAUUGGAAUAUUCACACAGAUAAUAUAGUUGCUAAAGCCCAGAAAAUGUUAGGUCUAUUAUAUCGAACCUUAAAGGAUAUUGAUGAUAACAGUGUGAAGCGUCUGCUUUAUUUUACUUGGGUGAGGCCAACGCUUGAAUAUGCUAGCCCAGUAUGGUCUCCUUAUAAGAAACGGAAUAUUAAUAAAAUUGAAAAGGUGCAACAUAGAGCUUCUCGUCUGAUCCUAGGUCAUGAAGUUGAUUAUAAAUCUAGACUAGAAAAACUUCAUCUUCUACCUUUGUAUAUGCGUAGAGAAAUCACAGAUCUUGUUUUUCUCUUUAAAAUUAUACAUGAGUUAGUUGAUAUGCCAGGAGGUUUCCUUUCUUGGAAAAAUACGGGUCGCUCUUUGCGCAACAGUGACGACAUGACACUUACAGUGCCUUUUGCACGCACAGAUGUUUUUAAGCACUCAUAUUUCGUUCGUGUUACACGCUUAUGGAACUUACUUCCUUACACAUUGCGUUCUAUUCAGCAUCUGUCGUACUUUAAGAAACAACUUACUCUAUAUUAUUUUAAACUUUUCCCUUCUGCUUUCAAUCCUUAAUCAGAUAUUCAGAAAAUUAGAAAAUAUAUAAAAAAAAAAUAUAUAAUUCAGACUUUUAAUUUAGAAAUUGUAAAAUUAUAUAAUUUAGGAAUUAUUUGUAUUAUGUGUCCUGUGAUGUUAGUUUAAUGUUCUGUUUGUAAUUGGGAAACCAUUCUUGAGGGAAUCUUGAAUUCUGUUUAUGGUAUGCCCUAAUACAUCUAAUUUGAUAUUUGUAAAUAUAUGGAAUUAUAUGUAUUGAAUUUUAAUAAAUACAAAAUACAAAAAAUAAAUAAAUAAUUUUUUUGUCAAUAUUCAUAUACCAAUUAUUAGUACAGUUUAAUAAUGCUGUAGCAGUUGAGUGAGGUUGACGAAAGCUAAAUUGACAAUCAUUAAGUAGCUGAAAUUUCGUCAAAUAAUCAUAUAGUUGGACGAAAUUCUUUCUAUAACUUUGCUCUAACAUCUGCCAAAACAGAAAUUUGUCUGUAGUUACCAGGUAAAUUCUGUGGCUAUUUUUAUAAAGAGGUGAUACUCUUGCCGUUUUCCAUUCAUCAGGAAAAGUGCAUAGUGUAAUAGCCUGAUUAAAAAUAUAAGUUAAAUGAACUGGAGAUAGCAGGUGCUGCUAGUUUUGCAGUUUUAAAAUUUCACUUGAAAUUUUGUCAAUGCCAGUGGCCUUUGCACUAGAAAGGCCACGCAGGGGAUGGUAAACUUUGUUGGUAGUAAUUGACUCAAAUGCUCUGAAUUCUGAUUUCUUUAUACUGUAUUGUCAGGCCUUAAAAUAUAUUUUAUAGGGCCGUCUGACAAAAUGUCCGGUGACGUUGAGUUUGGGUAGGACAUAUGUCGGAUGACCUUUAGAUCAGUUUUGACUCGGAAAUAAAUCUGAAUGACACAAAUGAAUUAUGAAUAAACGGUAAAUGUUGUAAAGAUAAAACAUAAUUUGUUUCUUUCAUACUCAUUUCCAAGCCAAAAUUAACUUGCUUUCCAGAACAGCAGUAUUAAAAAAGACUUCGACAACUUAAGCCUGUUUUUCACUUCACCAUUUCGCACGCCGCCCCGCGCUCGACUACGUUAAAACAACAUUUCCAGUUCACCUUUUAUACAAUAGUACUCUGAUUUUCCAUUUAACAUACUAGCCUCUAGUCCUGGGCUAGGGUACAUUUUGGUUUACGUCGGACAAAGCUACAGUUCGGUCGGACACCAAUACACUCGGGUCGGACAAACAAUAAACCUCAGUUUCACUUUGGUCGCGGACAAAAUGUCCGGUGGUUUCCUCUCUACGUCGGACAAUUUCACGAAUGGGUCGGACAAAGUCGAUGACGGUGACCGACCGAUAUUUUAAGGCCUGAAUUGUUGAAAAUUGUAAUUUGAAGUAUUAAUUUUGCUAGCUAAGUCAAGCCCAAUAUUUGAAAAGAAUUCGUUAAACCCCCUGUAAUGUCUUCAGAAUUUGUUAAAUUAUUUCCACUUGUAUUUAACUCGUUUACUUUUGUGGGUUUGUUUUGUCUGCCUAGUAAGUUGUUUAUUGUUUUCCAAGCCUCCUUUGGAUUUUGUUUUUGACCAGCAAUUCUAUAGGAAUAAUAAUCCUUUUUGACCUUUUUUAUUUUUAUAUUUACUUUAUUUCUGGUUUGUUUAUAUACCAACCAAUGUGCUUCAAGGUUUUUUAAUUUUAACAAUGCAUGCUUUUCUCUUAGAUUUACUUCUGCAAUCACGGCUUCAAUUUUUGAAUUGCAGAAUAAUUAGAUGCACUAUUUAGGCCCCGUUUACACUAUACCGGAUUGCAUCGAAGCGUAGCGAUUUUCAUACCGGAUUCGGCUGCUGUUUACACUACGCCACAGUAAUCCGGUAUAUACGCGACGCGGAGCAAAAAUCACUCCGCUUUGGAGAUGAUAUGAAAAGUAAUCCGGUAUGUGCCGGAGCAGUGUAAACAGGCUAAUCCGGUACGCUUCGGUACAAAAUCGGUUUUGGCGUGUAUGUUUUAGGCCUAACAUUGUCGCCUUUAUGUGCUCGCUUUUACAAUACUUUAUAUAGCUGUUGUUUGUUUCGCUUUGCAACCAUUUACUAUUUCUGCCGAAUACAAGUAAAGAAAACGAUAAUAACAUUGACUUUUCGCUUUCGAAAGGCAAAAUUUAAAGAAAUACUCUGAAAUUUUGGAUUAGAGCAAAACCAAGCAACGUCUGGUGGUCAAGCUUUUUAAACAAAGUUAUACUUUACAACGGAAAACGGGUGAUACUUCUUGUUUUUAAUAAAUUUUGGUAUAUUGGCUACUUGUUUCCAUGGCGACAUGAGCUGGCAACAGAGCGCAGCGGCAUAGUGUAAACACCCUUGAUUUUUUACUUCGGAGUAAAAACUAAUCCGGUAUGAAAAGUAAUUCGGUAUAAUGUAAACGGGGCCCUAGUGUAUAUAAGAUAUCUGUGGUGGCAAGGCAUUGAGAAUUGUCGGAUCAGUAACUUAUAAUAAUAACUAUUAAGCUGCAAUACAUGCUUAUGAUUUUACUUUAGUUCGAAACGUUUUGGGCAUCAUGCAAUGGUUAACAAUUUGGGACAGUCAAACAUUUUACUGAUAUACUAUCUUACCAGAUUCUUAUCUCAGAUUUUACUGAUAUACUAUCUUAUUUCUUUCUAGACAAUGCUAAGUGAAAAAUGUUUUUGGAAGAUGUAUGUACAGAAACAUUUUGAUUUGGGUAUAAAAUCCGACCUCUCAAACGAGGGACCAAUGGCACAGUGGUCAGGCCCAGUAUGGACUGCAAAUGGAAAAGUAGAACCACAAAGCGACGGUACUUGGUAAGUACUUGUUUUGUGUUAUACGUGGGAGUGUAGUGGCUAGCAUUUAUUACUCCGGGUACUGUAAGUACCGGAGUAUUAAAAUGGCAGAUCUUUUUUCUUAGGCGACACAAGUGUGCACUUCCACAGGUGCACCGUACGCAACGCACCACAAAAAUACGAAAUAUCUAAAAAUAGCCGCCAUUCGUAGUAGAUCGGAGCGAGCGUCGUGUUUACAAUGUAUUUAGUUCUAUUUACAGUAAAUAUUAUCAAAUGCAGGGAUUCUUUAUACAGUGACCACAGUUCAUAUAAAUACAAAUCGAAAUUCGAGACUUUCUCGCGUGUUUAGUAGCGGUUGCCGUUAUUGCAAAGCUAAUUCUGAUCGACAUCUGGCUUGGUUCGUUACUGACGUUAGCCCGGUAUUUUUUAAUUUUGUCAACACUGUACGUAGUUAAAUUGUGUUAACCCCCGUCACUCGUGUUCUUUAAGUCUCCCUUUGUGCCUCGUGGCCAAAAUUGAAGUACAAAGAACGCACAAAUCUAUUCGACAUAUGACAUAUCUGAAAGUCUUCGAUUCGCGAGGCAAUUUAUAUCGCAAACCACAACAAUAUUGGCAAUAUUGUCUACCACGCUUGAAUUAGACAAAAGCGCAUAUAAAAUAUAUAUAACUAGAUAGCUUUACCCAACACUAGUACGUCUAUUACACAAGGGUGGGUAGUAGCGAAGUAGUUGUAGUUCGCUACUGUAGCGAACUACAAUUUUCAAGUAGCCAGUAGUUUUUGACUACUUUUUUAAAACAGUAGCUGUAGUUAUAGGAACUACAUUUUGCGUAAAAGUAGCCAAGUAGUUGACUACUUUUCAAACAGCGAUCGCUAUUCGCUACUUUCUAAAAUUGUUACUCAAUAGCAAUUUGCAGGGAGGGUACAAAAGCUGGACCCCCUCAUCUGGACCCCCUUCUGGACCCCCUUCUGGACCUCUCAGAAUAUAAAAUAAAUUCAAAAUAGGGAUUAAAAUAAAUACUUUGCAGAAAUAAUGAUUUUCAUAAAUAAUAGAUUUUAAUUUAUGGAAGUGGGCCUAGUUGCGAAGUAGUCUUAUGUAAUAGGUUAAACAGGUCACUACUUUAUAUUAGAUCAAAAGAAUAGUUUCGGCCAUGUUAGGGUCAGGCAUAUUUCGAGUUACGGAUAGUGCGCCAUAUUUAGUGUUUUUAUAUUGUUAUUAUCGUUGAUGCACUAUCUCCUUGCAAGAUGAAGUAACAACAAACUACAUAUAACUUGGCGGGAAAUUUUUAUAUUGUUAUUAUCGUUGAUGCACUAUCUCCUUGCAAGAUGAAGUAACAACAAACUACAUAUAACUUGGCGGGAAAAAAAUAAUAGCAUGUUGUAGCUAAAUAAUAGCAUGUUGUGGCUAAAUAAUAGCAUAAAAUUGCCCAUACCCUUUUGUGGCUAAAUAAUAGCAUAAAAUUGCCCAUACCCUUUAAACAAGGUCACAGAAUAAGGAAGCACAACAUGCUAUUAUUUUUUUCCCGCCAAGUUAUAAUUUGUUGUUACUUCAUCUUGCAAGGAGAUAGUGCAUCAACGAUAAUAACAAUAUAAAAACGCUAAAUAUGGCGCACUAUCCGUAACUCGAAAUAUGCCUGACCCUAACAUGGCCGAAACUAUUCUUUUGAUCUAAUAUAAAGUAGUGACCUGUUUAACCUAUUACACAAGAUUACUUCGCAACUAGGCCCACUUCCAUAAAUUAAAAUCUAUUAUUUAUGAAAAUCACUAUUUCUGCAAAGUAUUUAUUUUAAUCCCUAUUUUGAAUUUAUUUUAUACUCUGAGAAAAUCACUAUUUCUGCAAAGUAUUUAUUUUAAUCCCUAUUUUGAAUUUAUUUUAUACUCUGAGAGGUCCAGAAGGGGGUCCAGAAGGGGGUCCAGAUGGGGGUCCAGAAGGGGGUCCAGAUGUGGGUCCAGAAGGGGGUCCAGAUGAGGGGGUCCAGAUGAGGGGGUCCAGCUUUUGUACCCUCCCCAAUUUGCACUCUUGAACACUGUAGUGCUUACAAAAAUGUUGCUUUGUGUUUACUGUUGCUACUCAUAAGUCGAUUUGUUAUAGGUUACAUUUCAGCCUGAGUUAGUAGAUGCUCCAAAUACAGUAACACUAAAAAUAUAGCGUAGCGAAAUAGCGAAAUAGUUCGCUACAUUUUUUAAGCUGUAGCUGUAGUCAGUAGCGAACUACCUUUGUUCAAAAGUAGCAGUAGUUGUAGCUGACUACAUAUUUUUGAAGUAGCUGUAGUUAUAGCGAACUACAAAAAUUUUGUAGUCAACCCACCCUUGCUAUUACACAGUUUAAUGUUUUAUUUAUAGAGUAUUAAAAAUCGGUCUCGACAGCUGCGUUGUCUUGGUCUUAAAGUAAAAUCAUUACUAGGAUGCUUAAAAACAAUCUAAACGUUUGAUAAUAACAAACUUACAGAAGCCUUACAAAUUAAAACAAUCAAUCUGUAUAAACAAAAUAUCAACAUAACUUAAUUAUGAGUUAUGGUGCCAGUUAUGAACUUACUACCAUGCAUUGGAAAAGUGUUGACAAUUAACUAUAUGACACGACUAACAAUAUAUUACUUUUUAAAUAAUUUUCUUUGCGUGUUUGAUAAAUGUGGUUUGUUUACGUUAGCUAUUUUUAGUAAUUCAGUUUCAGGAGUUCUUCUCGAGGGUCGAGGGUGGGAAGCGAGGGUCGAAAAAUCAUAUAUAAAAAAGUCGAGGGUCAUAUAUAAAAAGUCCGGGGUCGUAUUUCUAAAAUAUUUUAUGGUUUUUAUUGUCGAGGGUAGAAAUUUGCGGGCAUUGCCAAUAGGUAAAUUUGCAAGUGGGGCAAGCACAAUAGCGAAAACAAUACUUUGAAGAUGGCGUCGCGAACCCGGAAAAGGCGUAUGGCAAUGGAAAGGUGUAAACAAGUCCUGAUUACUCUGAUUCAAUAGACCAUAUAGUGAAUAGACUGAUACAAUAAUUUGCGACAUGCAAUCCGAGAUAACGCAGAUAAUGCACCACGCCGUUUGAAACUAUGUCGACUGUAGCUUUUGAUCAGCAUGUCUAUUUUUAUGUAGUAAUAUUUUGUCAUAUAAAAAGUAAUCGCAUAUAAAAAGUUAAUAAUUGCAUAUAAAAAUAAGAGCUAAAAAUUAAAAGUAAAGUAAGUGAACACGAACUUAAAUUAUUAUUUUGUUAAAUUAUUAAAAUGUACCCUCAAGCUUUUCACCCUCGAACUUUCUACCCUCGACAAUAAAAAAAACAUAAAAUAUUUGUAAAAUACGGCCUCCGACUUAUUAUAUACGACUCGAAAAAAACACUCCUACGCAUGUUUUAAAUAGAACUUUUAAUAAAGAACUAGAUAGCUCUUAUUAGAGAUAAUCAGUGGCACAAUGUCCUUUUAUUUUUAUGUUAUAAAACAUUAUGAUCAUUGCAUAUGUUUUUAGUCACCUGGUCAAGUGGCACGCUGUAGUUCUCCCACUUUUCCAACUCUAAUAUGCCACUGAAUAUCAUGCAUUAAAGAUACCUUCAUUGCCGCAUAUAAGCAUAGUACGUUAAAGUAGCUUUGCGCCGUUAGUUAAGGCCCUGUACCCGGAGUGAACGCCUGAGUAGGCGUCUUGUUCUACAUUAAACUGCCGUGGUUUGUGUCUCAACUACCUCCUGAACAAUAUCUCAAACAAACGGGUCGGGGUAUGGCAUGUUCUAUAGAAUACGUUGCUGAGGUUUGUGUCAAGUAGUACUGAGUCAAACAAUAGUAGCCUAUAUUUACAUGACACAAUAACAAUUAUUUUUACUGAAUGUUUAAUGUGGUAUGUAAACGCCUCUAUUUCACUUUCUUUUCCUUUGUUGUAUUUGUAAGGGAGUGUUUGUUUUCUGAGGAUGAAGAGGACGAUGAUGAUAUAUAUUUAAUCCGUCCAUUUCCUUCAAUGUGGAACUGUCGAGUCUUUCAUCCGUAUGGUUUGGACCCAUUCUCUGGUGAUGUAAGAAGCUUACAAGGUUUUUCUCGUUCUCUUGAAAUACUGACUUACAUGAGAAGUGAAGCGUCUCGCUUGGGUAUGCAUAGUGGUGAGUACUUUGUUUUGGCGUUUUACACUUUUACCCCCAAAACGGUCAACAUUCUCUCCUCCAGAGCCAUGGCUUGAGCAUUUACAUAGGACUUAGCUACACGAAGUUUUUGCAAAGAGCGCGUACAUAAGGACUGACAGGAGAUGUAAUCCACCAAUCCUUUCCAGGGAGGGAGAUCAACAUUGCAAUGUAUAUCGAAAAAUGACCAACAUUGCAAUGUACUGUAUACUGAAAAAUUAUCAAGAAGUUUAAACCAAUAAACCAUUUUAUUCUAGAGAGUACAUGGGACGAAGACCAUGAAAUUUGUGCUGUUAUAUUUCCUUGGGACAAACAAGAGCUACCUACAACACUAGAACUACUAAACGGAGUCUUCCAUUUUCAUCCAGAAAUAUAUAAUCAUUAUGCGGACCUAUCCCCUGAGGGUUAUAGCACGUUAAACGAAAAUAUGUUAAUCUUUCAUAUUCCUCAAGAUGUUGGAUUAAUUCAUGACUGUGCCAUACGACCAUGUCUUAAUAGCAUUUUUGGCGUGAGUGCUCCUAAAACAGAUGAACCAUGGCGAUUGAGAGACUCCCGAGCAUUCUAUGAGUGGUUACAACCUAUUAUGUGUCCAUCUUUCACUGCAUAUGUGGGUGACGAUGUGUUUUCUCCUAUGGCAUUGUAUAUGUUGACUCAACUUGCUCCUGGGUGGGUAGGUGGGGCAUUGACAUCUGGUGAUUAGACUUCAUGUAAAAUAAAAAACAAUGGCAUGAAUUUUGUGUUUUUAAAAUCUGGACACAUGAACCUGGAUAGAUAUUUUACCAAACGGGAACUGCAUUCCUUAAAACCGGACGAAUGAAACGUAUGGAACACCCACGUCAAUAAAUGUCUGAUUGACAGAGCAACGUAUGAAGAAAAGUCUAUUGUUACCAUUUUCACCUCAACACAAACUUAGUUUAUUUAAAUAAAUAUAUUAUUAAAUAUAUAUUAUACUAUAUUAAAAUGCAAAGAUUUUCUCUAGAUUCUAUUACUUUAGUUUUUAGAGAAAGAAUAUUUCAAGAUAACUUUAGAGUUUCUUAAUUGUUUUUACUUUGAUUUAAUCAAAGCCAUUCUGUAAAUCUUCCUCGACCGCUUCAUCUAAAAUUUUUCCUUCGUCGUCUGUGUAUAAAGCAAAAUAAGGAAAGCGAAAGUAAAAAAAUGCUUUCAAGGACCAUGCAGAUAUACACUGGGCGUGAUUGACAUAAAUAUAUUUUUGAUAUGCC